CCUCGUUGCUACCUGUGGCUGUAUCCCGUAGCCCGCCUCGGUGCGCCGCCGCCACGCCUCCGCUCCACCAUGGCAGCGACCGCGCCGGCCACCGACCCACCGGAUGCCUCGCCUGCGGUCACAGAGGAUGCUCCCACUCCUGCUCGUCCCACCCCGGCGGAGCUGGUAGCCCGCGCCGUCGCCCCCGUGAAGCCCGCCUUCCUUCGCCCGCCUCCCGUCCGCGAGGCACCCAAGGAGGAGGGCGGCGGCGGCGGCGCCGUCGUAAAGGUGGAGAAGAAGUCCAAGCGCCAGCUCAAGCGCGAGCGCCACCAGGAACAAAAGUCUACUUCUCAUCUUUGUAUCCAAGUAGGGAAAAGUGGAAAUGUGGACUCAUGCAAAUACGGCACUUCUUGUCGUUUCAGCCAUGACAUAAAUGCUUAUUUGUCUCAGAAACCAGCUGACCUUGAAGGCACAUGCCCAUUUACCUCACUGGGACAGUUGUGUCCAUAUGGAAUAACUUGUCGAUUCCUUAGUACGCAUAAGGAUACCCCUGAUCCUCAAAAUCAUCCAGAAGGAAACCAUGAGAGAAAUCCUUUGAGCAAAGAAAUUCAAAAGCUCUUAUGGAAGAGCAAAUAUAAAUUUCCCAAGGCCAGUGCCCAAAUCAAACUUCUUGGUCUUAAGGAUGGAAACAAGAAUAAAGCAGAAGCAGCAAAUGAUAAUCCAGAUGAAACAUGUGAGCUGAAUGGUGAUGAGAAAACGUCUCUUUCUAGCAUUCCUGUGAAUGUUGAACCUGAUCCCACGUUGUGCAAAGAAAUAGAUAAUUCAGAGGGACAUCCUUUGGUUGUUAACUCGGUUGAAUCUGUGGAGCCAAGGCCAUCAAAGAAAUCAAAGGUUGAAGUUGAUGAAACUCAGGACCAUGGAACUGGUAUGCAUGACAAUGGGGCUGAAUCUGAAGCUGUUAAUUUAAUCAAUGGAGUAAAAGUUUCCUCAAACAACCAAAGUUCCUGCAAAGUUGAUCUGAUCACAACACCUCAUUUACGUGAAAAGAAAAUUAUAGAUUUUCGAGAGAAGCUGUACCUUGCUCCCUUGACCACUGUUGGGAAUCUUCCUUUUCGGAGGCUCUGUAAAACCUUGGGAGCUGAUGUUACUUGUGGAGAAAUGGCUAUGAGCACAAAUCUUUUGCAGGGGCAAGCUUCAGAGUGGGCUUUGCUGCGACGGCAUCCAUCAGAGGAUUUGUUUGGGGUGCAAAUCUGUGGACCGUAUCCAGAUACGGUAGCACGGACAGUUGAACUUGUGGAUAAUGAAUGUCCAGUUGACUUCAUAGACAUAAAUAUGGGCUGCCCAAUUGAUAUAGUUGUCAACAAGGGUGCUGGAUCAUCAUUGCUCACAAAGCCUAUGAGGAUUAGGAGUAUUGUACAAGCAGCAUCUUCUGUUACUGAAAAACCAUUAACUGUUAAGGUAAGAACAGCUUUCUUUGAGGGCAGGAAUCGUGCUGAUUCUAUAGUUUCAGAUAUCUACGACUGGGGUGCUUCAGCCAUAACAAUACAUGGUCGAUCACGGCAACAACGCUACAGCAAACUUGCUGAUUGGGACUAUAUCUACCAGUGUGCACAGAAGGCUCCUGACUAUUUGCAUGUCAUUGGAAAUGGUGAUGUAUUCUCCUUUACUGACUGGAACAAACAUGUUUCAGACUGCUCCAAAAUUUCUACUUGCAUGAUUGCUAGAGGUGCACUUAUCAAGCCCUGGUUAUUUACUGAGAUAAAAGAACAAAGGCACUGGGAUAUUACAUCUGGUGAGAGAUUAAAUAUUCUUAAAGAUUUUGUUCGUUUUGGUCUGGAACAUUGGGGCUCUGAUUCCAAAGGAGUUGAAACAACACGCCAUUUCCUACUGGAAUGGCUUAGUUACACCUGUCGCUACAUUCCGGUGGGUCUGCUGGAUGUCAUUCCACAACGAUUGAACUGGAGGCCUCCAAGCUACUAUGGGCGUGAUGACCUCGAAACCCUGAUGGUCUCUGAUUCAGCAGCUGACUGGAUAAGGAUCUCAGAGAUGUUACUUGGCAAAGUUCCAGAAGGAUUUACCUUCGCACCGAAACACAAAUCCAAUGCCUAUGACCGAGCAGAAAACGGUUAAACCUUUUGUUUGUCAGGGCAGGAACUCGACAACACCAAGGGUGGGUUCUCUUGAGGAUCAGAGACAACUACUGAGGUCCAUCCAUGCUGCUUUCAUGGUGCUUGAAUCCAUCAUGUAGCAUGAUUUUAUUUUAGCCAAAUGGCAAUUGUACCAAUAGUUUAAGUAUAAACUAUAGAAUACUACAAUAAUUGAAAGGCAUCCCAAUUCUCUCCAUUUAGAAACGAUAAUAUCUGAUGUAUGAACGUACGUUUCAUCAGCUUUCGGAAAUGCAGCACCAUCAAUGGUUUGGUGCUGGUCAGAGCUCAAAUCUGAGUCAAUUUGUCGUUACAUGUUAGUACUAUUAUUACUACUAAUUUUUGUUUGUU